AUGGAAAGAAGCAUGGAGGAAAGUGGAAAAGAUGACGGUUCUAAGACAAUUGAUCCUUUUGAUGGGAAGGAUGAUGAACAGGAAGAUGAUGGAAAUAAGACUAAAACUAGUGUCAGCUCAGGCAACAGCGUAGUUGAUCAGGAGAGUGAAAAGAAGACAACCUCCAAUGGGGUGAGGCAGUAUGUGAGAUCAAAGGUGCCAAGGCUUCGAUGGACUCCUAAUCUUCAUCUUUGUUUUGUUCGAGCCGUAGAGAGACUCGGCGGUCAAGAAAGAGCAACUCCUAAGCUAGUUCAGCAACUGAUGAACAUCAAGGGCCUCAGCAUUGCUCAUGUCAAGAGCCAUUUACAGAUGUAUCGAAGCAAGAAGAUCGAUGAUAAGGGUCAAGUUAUAAAUUCUAGAGGACAAUUGCAUCCCAACGGGAGUGCAGUUCACAACCUUUGGCAACUUCCCACAUUUGAAAGUAUUGACCAAAGGGUUGGUUUCAACUUCAGAUAUAGCAACAUUUCGUGGGGUGGACAUGGGGACUGGAUAUCCAGACCUUCUAUGCCUGCUAUGGGAGCCGGCUUUCAUGAUUCAGUAGCUGGAAGGAUCUCUAAAGGAAUCGGCACCAGUCUAAACAGAAGGAAUGAGGUUUUCUACAUGAAUAAUGAUUGCACUUUGAUCACUGAGCAAUACAGCAAGAGACCCCAUGAAUUCCGGGAAGAAUUUCAGAUGUUUCAUGAUCGAGAACACAUCCGUGCGCUAACCUGCAGAUCAAUCCCUACAGAAACCACUUGCACAAUACAAUUGCAUAGAAGAGGAGUGCAAGAUAAAGGCUUUAACAAUUCAAUUUCCCUAGAUGGGAACUGGAGUAGUAAUAGGGAAGAUCAAAACUCGCUCAAAAGGAAAGCUCCAGAUAGUGAUAUUGAUCUGAAUCUGUCACUGAAUACAAGAUCAAGAAAAGAGGCUAGGAAAGUGGCUUUGGAUGAGGAAGAAGUACUGGACAACAAUUUAUCUCUUUCUUUGUCUUCUCCUUUAAAGAAAGUAAUCUAUUCUAUAGAUCUAAACAUGCCCUCAAAGUUUGCAGGUUGA